GUACAGGAAUGGCUGUGCUUAAACUGCCAGACCCAAAGGGCAAUGUCAGGACAACUCGGAGAUAUGGGCAAGAUGCCACUUCCCAAAACAGGCCCUUCACAACCAGUAUCCAAAGCACCUGCUGCUCCUCAAAAACAGCCUGUGCCUGCUGCCUCACAUUCCCCUCAGAAGACUUCCACACCUCCCACUCCAGCAGCACCAAAACCAAAAGAAGAACCAGGCGUUCAGAAGGAAGCUCCAAAACCUCAACAGGGGAGACUGGAAAAAACCCUAUCAGCUGAUAAAAUCCAACAAGGGGUUCAAAAAGAUGAAGCAAAACUUAAGCAGGGAAAACUUGUCAAGGCACCCUCAGCUGAUAAAAUCCAGCGUGUUUCUCAAAAGGAAGACCCGAGAGUUCAGCAAACAAAGCUGACUAAGACAGCCUCAUCUGACAAAAUUUUGCAGGGAGUUCAGAAAGAAGACAUAAAACUUCAAGAGGCAAAAUUGGCAAAAGUACCCUCAGCUGACAAAAUUUUACAGGGUAUUCAGAAAGAAGACCCAAAACUCCAACAGGUGAAAAUGGCAAAGGCACUGUCAGCUGACAAAAUCCAACCUGCAGCUCAGAAGGAAGAUGCACAACUUCAGGAGGUCAAAUUGUCGAAGGCACUUUCAGCUGACAAAAUCCAACCCGGAAUUCAGAAAGAAGAUGCAAAACUUCAACAAGAGAAAAUUGUGAAAACUUCAUCAGUGGAGAAAAUCCAAGAAGAAGGUCAAAAAGAAGAAACCAAACUUCAGCAAGAGGAACUGUCAAAGACACUUCCAGCAGAUAAAAUUCCUGCGACAAUAAGUUCAGACCAAAAGAAACCCUUAAGCACUUUGGAAGAAGAUAAAAAACCUGUGCUCCCAGAAAAGAGCACACCAUAUCCAGAGGACAAAAAAGAUCAAAUUACAACUGAGACUAAAGAACGUGUUGCUGAACAGAAAGCAGAAGCUGAAGCACCUUACAAGGGACUGCAACCUAAGGAGCAAGAGGAUGUUAAGAAAGAGGAUGUGACAACAGGAGUUUCACAAAUGGGCUUGAAAGCUGAACAAGCUCAGGAAGAAAAAAUUCCUGUUCAAACAGCACCUUUGCCAGGAACCGACCACGUGGAAGCAGUGAGAGAAAAAAUAGAAAAAGAGGAUGACAAAUCAGACACAUCAAGCUCUCAGCAACAGAAAAGUCCACAAGGUCUGAGUGACACCGGGUAUUCUUCUGAUGGGAUAUCAAGUUCACUUGGUGAAAUCCCAAGUCAUAUCCCCACUGAUGAAAAGGAUUUACUCAGAGAAUCUUAUAAAAAAGACAUUAUUGCACAAGAAAGUCCACCGAGCCCUUCAGAUCUAGCUAAAUUGGAAAGUACUGUACUGUCAAUUUUGGAAGCUCAGGCAAGUACUCUGUCUGAUGAAAAAACUGCCAAAAGCAAAGAGCUUUCUGAAACAUAUAGUGAACAGACAAAGGACCAACAUAAACUAAAGCUUUUGCCAGCCACUCUGGAAUCUUACAGUUCAGAGGAGGAAGACCUAGAAGCUAUCAAAGAAGGUGAAAGAACCAUCGUGGAUGAGGGCAAAGGAAGUGCUUCCUCUCAGGCAGACUACAAGGAAGAACAUGAAGGAGAUGACAUCUCAGCAAGAAGACAACGCUAUGACUCUGUGGAAGACAGCAGUGAGAGUGAAAACUCACCUGUCCCAAGGAGAAAAAGAAGAACUAGUGUUGGUUCUUCAAGCAGUGAUGAGUACAAACGGGACGACAGUCAGGGAUCAGGUGAUGAGGAAGACUUCAUUAGAAAACAGAUUAUAGAGAUGAGUGCUGAUGAAGAUGCUUCAGGUUCUGAAGAUGAUGAAUUCAUUAGAAAUCAACUCAAAGAGAUCAGUGCAACUGAAAGCCAAAAGAAAGAAGAAGUGAAAAGCAAAGCCAAAGGAACAGCUGGAAAACACCGAAGAAUGGCACGGAAAAGCAGUGCAGGCUAUGAUGAGGAUGCAGGAAGAAGACAUUCAUGGCACGAUGAUGAUGAUGAGACUUUUGAUGAGAGCCCAGAGCCAAAAUACAGAGAAAGUAAAAGUCAGGACGGUGAAGAACUUGCAGUAACUGGAGGAGGAGGCCUUCGACGCUUCAAAACAAUAGAGUUAAAUAGUACAAUUACAAACAAAUACUCUGAAGCAUCUGAACAGCAGAAAGGUAUUUUGUAUUUUGAUGAAGAGCCUGAGCUAGAGAUGGAGAGUCUUACAGAUUCACCAGAAGACAGAUCUAGAGGAGAAGGGUCUUCUAGUUUACAUGCUUCUAGUUUCACACCAGGUACAUCUCCUACUUCAGUGUCAUCCCUUGAUGAAGAUAGUGACAGCAGUCCUAGUCACAAAAAACUGGGUGGGGAGAGCAAACAGCAGCGCAAAGCCAGACAUAGGACACAUGGUCCUCUUCUUCCAACAAUUGAAGAUUCUUCAGAAGAAGAAGAACUGAGGGAAGAGGAAGAACUGUUAAAAGAACAAGAGAAACAGCGUGAAUUAGAACAGCAACAAAGAAAAAGCUCAAGCAAAAAGUCUAAAAAGGACAAGGAUGAACUCAGAGCUCAGAGAAGAAGAGAACGUCCAAAGACUCCACCAAGUAAUCUUUCUCCCAUUGAAGAUGCGUCUCCAACAGAAGAAUUACGACAGGCAGCAGAAAUGGAAGAGCUGCACAGGUCUUCCUGUUCUGAAUAUUCACCCAGUAUUGAGUCAGAUCCUGAAGGAUUUGAAAUCAGCCCAGAAAAAAUAAUAGAAGUACAAAAAGUAUACAAAUUGCCUACUGCUGUCUCUCUAUACUCACCAACAGAUGAACAACCAGUUGGACUCCCAAAAGAAGAAAGUGAUCAAAAGACAUUGAAAAGUGCUGAAGAGGUAUAUGAGGAGAUGAUGCAUAAGUCCAAAUCAUUUCAAAUUGCAAAUGAAAAGGAUGAAGUAUUUGAAAAAGAAUCUUUAUAUGGUGGAAUGCUGAUAGAGGAUUAUAUUUAUGAAUCGUUAGUAGAGGAUAGUUACAGUGGAACUCUUGAUACUACUCUUGUCAUGAGACAAGAUGAGACUAGUGAAUAUAUGCAACAGAGAGGAAAAGAGAAAAAAGCAAGAGCUUCAGAACAGGUGUUUGAUGAACCACAGAAAAUUACUGAUCUAGAGAAAGACUACUAUAGUGUUGAGACUUUACAUACUAUUGUGCCUCAAGAAGAUAUUGUUUCUAGCUCUUACAUUAUCCCAGAAAGUCAUGAAAUUGUUGUACUAGACAGCACAGUAACUACCACCACUGAGGAAAAACAUUUGUUAGAUGCAGAAGCUGCUUAUGAAGAGCUUAUGAAAAGACAGAAAAUGCAGCUAACCCCUGGGGCCAGUCCAACACAACCAACUUCAGAUCUCACUCCCACAUCCGAUACAAAGGUAUCUGGUGUUGGAGAAAUAGUGGAUAGUACAUCUUUAACAUCAAGCACUACUUCAGCAAUCUCAGAUGUAUCACCUGUCAGUAGCACAGCACUUUCUAUUCCAGAUGUUAAAAUAACACAGCAUUUUACAACAGAGGACAUUGAAGAUGAAUACUUAACAGAUUAUGCCAGAGAAAUUCAAGAAAUAAUUUCUCAUGAAACAUCAAUAUUGACAUACUCUGAGACGUCAGAAGGUGUUACAUCAGUUUUACCUUCUGAUACAGCUUCCUUAACAUCAUCCACAUCUUCAGUUUGUACCACAGAUAGUUCAUCACCUAUAGAUAGUGCAACCACAGGUUUUGUAGAUGCAGCAGAUGCUGUAAGUAAACCAACAGAUGCUGAAGGUGUCAGGGUAAUAACCCAGGUUCCCUUAACAUCUGCAAAAGACUACUCUGAAGUGAUCAUGCCUUAUGAAACUAUUGCUGGAGCCACUAAAAAGCCAUCUAUAGCAUCAGAUUUGGAGAGUGUGGAUCAAGCUGCAGUUUGUUUGCCUGAAACUACACCUUCAGUAGUGGCAACUACAGUUGCAAAGCCCAAGCAAUAUGCAGAUGAUACCAUUACCUUUGAUACCUCCAAAGCAGAGAAGGAAGCAGCUAGAAAAAUGAUAGGUAUUACAGAGGCUGGCAGUGUCAAAAUUCAUCAUGAAGAGCCACACAAAGAAUUAGGUGUUGAUAUGACAAGGAUUAGUUUGACUAGUGAUACAUCUGAGCAACCACCUGUGUGUAUAGCAUCAGUACCAGUUACAGAGCCAGCAUCAGAAAUAUCUCCUGUACCCACUCACAGUGUUGUAAGUAAGACCAGCAUGGUCUCUGUGCCUUCCUCAGCUCCUGCUGUUUCAGCCAAAGUACUCUCUCUUUUUAGAAGCUCUUCUUUGGAUUCUCCUGCACAGCCUUCUCCACCCCCACCUCCUCCUCCUCCUCCACCACCUCCUCCACCACCACCAUUGCCACCUCCACCUAUUUUACCCAAGCCAGCCAUUUAUCCCAAAAGGAAGCCACAGAUUAAGACUCCAGCAACAACAGCUCCCACAGUGGUACCUUCAGUCACAACUGUUCCAACACUAGAGUCCACAGCUGUAUUAAAGAAUCAUGUGGUACCUACCACAAAAACACACACCCCAACACCACCUCCUGUACCACCCAAACCAUCCUCUAUUCCAGCAGGGCUUGUCUUCACUCACAGGCCUGCUGAAGUAACUAAACCUCCAAUUGCUCCUAAACCAGCAGUUCCUCCACUCCCAAUAACUGUUCAUAAGCCAGCAGAAACACAGCCCAAACCAGUAAGUUUGUCAUUGACUUCAAGUAUGACUCUGAAUUUGGUUUCUACAGCUGAUUACAAAAUACCAUCUCCCACUUCCCCUUUGUCUCCACACUCUAACAAAUCUUCACCAAGGUUGUCAAAAUCCUUACAGGAAACCUAUGUGGUCAUUACAUUACCGUCUGAGCCUGGAACUCCCACAGAAGCUAUAACUAGUCAGGCUGUUACCAGCUGGCCUUUAGAAGCACCUUCUAAAGAACUGAUUCCCCAGCCUAUGCAACCAAUUUUUACUUCAUCCCUGAAAUCUAUGGAAAUUCAAAGUUUGGCAGGUCAGAGCAUGUAUAUUUCAGGUGCUUUACAAGCUAUUCCUGUGACAACACAAUCUGCUUUUGAAAAAAUACCUAGUUCAAAAUCAGAGGUAGUAACAACAGACGUAACCAAGACAACAGUGUCUGUGGUUAAGGGUCCAGUGCCUGGUUUUGGUUUAGGUAGUGUUGCUAUUACUAUACCCCCAGAGCCACUACAUAUAGUAGACCAACCCAGAUAUAGAGAAAACGGAAGAUUCCAUCCCUUGGGUGAUGUCAUAGAUCUUCGUACUUUAACUAAGAUGGAUAUAGAGAUGAGAGACAGCUGUAUGGAUCUGUCUGCUGUUUCCAUGGAUGUGAGAAGGCAACUGCCAGCAAGUGACACAGGUGGGAGGCCAGUAAGUACUGUCCAGCCAGCUAUAAUAAAUCUUAGCACUGCUUGUGUUGCCGAUCCUUCCCUGUCUGUAGUCACUCAGACAGUAACUGUCAUGACCUGCACUGCCACUGUAAGCUACAGCACCAGUACAGACAGCCUUGUGGAUCUGGGACAUGCAAUGACAACACCACUUCAGCUAACAACAUCCAAACAUUUUGAGCCUGCAUACAGAGUAACAAGCAGCCAGGCAUUCUCUGCAGGUAGAGAUGAAGUGCCAAUAAAUUUAUCCCUAGGUACUUCAGCACAGGCAGUGACAUGGGCUGCUACAAAGCCUGUUACUGUACCUCCUGUCGGUGUCACGAAUGGUUGGACUGAUCUCUCCACUUCUCAGGAGCCAGCAGAGAGUGUAGCAGUUGACCUUAGCACUACAAAAUCCCACAGAACAGUAGUAACAAUGGACGAAGCUACUUCAGGUAUCGUAACGACGGUAAUAGAAGAUGAUGAAAAGCCUGUGGAUCUGACUGCAGGAAGAAGAGCUGUCUGCUGUGAUAUGGUUUAUAAAUUGCCAUUUGGUAGGAGCUGUACAGCACAGCAGCCACCUACUACACUUCCUGAAGAUCGCUUUGGCUACAGAGAUGACCAUUAUCAGUAUGAUCGUUCAGGGUCAUAUGGCUACCGAGGAAUGGGAGGGAUGAAACCCUCUAUGUCUGACACAAAUUUAUCAGAAGCUGGACUGUUUGCUUACAAAAGCAAGAAUAGCUUUGAUUAUCGAGUUGGGGCAACUGAUACAGCAGUAGAUCUUACUUCUGGAAGAGUAACUACAGGUGAGGUUAUGGAUUACUCAAGCAAGACUACUGGUCCAUAUCCAGAGACUCGGCAGGUGAUUUCUGGCCUCGGGCUCAGUACACCACAGUAUUCCCAAGCAAGGAUGGUGUCAUCUCAGUUUGGCGUUGGAAGUGUUUUAAGAUCAUCCAAUGGUGUUGUUUAUUCUUCAGUAGCGACUCCAGUCCCAUCUACAUUUGCCAUCACUACACAGCCUGGUUCUAUUUUCAGUACAAGUGUCAGAGAUUUACCUACUCUCCAAACAAUUGACUCGGUGCCCUCUCUAUCAACUUUGCAGCAGAGUCAACCACUCCCAAGAUCAUACAGUUUCUUGACAACUGUGGCAGCUGAGAAAGAUAGUGCAAUUUCUGCCAUUGAUAUGGAGACAGGGUUACCACCUCACACUAUAGAAACUAUUACCACUGAGCCAACCAGCUUGAUCCCUACUUUAACUACAGCAUCUGAAGGUUACACGGAUGUCAUUGAUGAUGAGGUUGCCCUUCUCAUUGCCCCUGAAGAAGGCAAACAGCAGCAGCUUGAUUUGGAGCGGGAACUUCUUGAGCUUGAGAAAAUUAAGCAGCAGCGCUUUGCGGAAGAGCUGGAAUGGGAACGUCAGGAAAUUCAAAGAUUCAGGGAACAAGAAAAGUUUAUGGUGCAAAAAAAGCUUGAGGAGUUGCAAUCCAUGAAACAUCAUCUCUUAUUUCAACAGGAGGAGGAACGACAAGCUCAGUUCAUGAUGAGACAGGAGACAUUAGCCCAGCAGCAGUUGCAGCUCGAACAAUUCCAACAACUUCAGCAACAGCUCCACCAACAGUUAGAGGAGCAAAAACUUCGUCAAAUAUAUCAGUAUGGUUAUGACCCCUCAGGAACUGGCUCACCACAAACUACCACAGAUCAAACACUUCUGGAAGGACAGUAUGCAACCACAGAAAAUGGCCAAUUUUGGCCUACUGAUGAUGCAACUACUACAGCUUCAGGAGUGCUGGGUAUUGAAAUUCCACAAAGCCAAGCUUGGUAUACGGUUCAGUCUGAUGGUAUUACCCAGUACAUACCUAGGUCUGGUAUCCUAAGCUCUGUUUCAGAAAUGUCUCUUAAGGAUAUCGAUGUUCGAGAGGAGAAGCAGUUGAAAAAGAGAAGUUCUAUGCCAAAAUUACGUGGACCAUAUGAGGAGUUUGAGGAGACCCUGGAAGAAGAACCCCGGUGCUUCAAAAAGAUAGUGGACAGUGGAGUGCAAACUGAUGAUGAAGAUGGAGCAGACAGAGGUUACACAAACAGGAGACGGAGAACUAAGAAGAGUGUUGAUACGAGUGUUCAGACAGAUGAUGAAGAUCAAGAUGAAUGGGAUCUUUCCAGCCGGUCCAGAAGGAAGCCUCGUGUUGGGAAAUACAGUGAGGGCACCACUGAGGCAGACAAAGCUAAGCAAUUCUCCAAAGUGUCUAGUAUUGCAGUUCAAACAGUGGCAGAGAUUUCUGUACAAACAGAACCUGUAGGAACAAUCAGAACACCUUCAAUCAGGGCCCGAUUGGAUGCUAAGGUUGAAAUCAUAAAGCACAUUUCAGCUCCAGAAAAGACAUAUAAAGGAGAAAGUUUGGGAUGUCAAACAGAGACAGAGUCAGACACGCAAAGUCCCCCAUAUCUGUCAGCUUCAUCUCCUCAGAAAGAUAAAAAACGUCCAACACCAUUAGAGAUAGGAUACUCAUCCCACCUUCGUCCAGACUCCACAUUGCAGGUAGUCCCUUCCCCUCCCAAAUCUCCCAAAGUUCUCUACUCACCCAUUUCACCUGUUUCACCAAGCAAAGUUAUAGAGUCAGCAUUUGUACCCUAUGAAAAACCCAUCACUGAUGACAUCAGCCCUCAGAAGAUGCUGCAUGCUGACAUUGCCAAGGUUCCUCCAUCAAGCCCAAAGGCAGCAAAGAUGAUGCAACGCUCUAUGUCUGAUCCUAAGCCCCUGAGUCCCACAGCAGAAGACAGUUCCAGAGCUCAGUUUCAGUACACUGAGGGUUACAUGACCAAAGGUUCAAGCAUAACUCCAUCAGGCAGUCAAAAGAAGGUGAAGAGGACUCUGCCCAACCCACCUCCAGAGGAAGCAACAGCAGGAACUCAGUCCCCAUAUACUUCUGUGGGAUCAGUUUCACGGAGAAGGAUUUGUAGGACCACUACUAUGGCCAGAGCAAAAAUUCUUCAGGAUAUAGACAGGGAAUUGGAUCUGGUUGAACGUGAAUCAGCCAAGCUUAGGAAGAAGCAAGCAGAGCUAGAUGAGGAGGAAAAAGAAAUAGAUGCCAAGCUGAGAUACUUGGAAAUGGGCAUUAAUAGGAGGAAAGAAGCCUUACUAAAAGAAAGAGAAAAGAGAGAGCGUGCUUAUCUCCAAGGAGUAGCAGAAGAACGUGAUUAUAUGUCAGACAGUGAAGUUAAUAAUACCAGGUCAACCAGAAUAGAAACUCAGCAUGGCUUGGAAAGACCACGUACUGCACCCCAGACAGAAUUUAACCAGUUUAUGCCACCACAAACCCAGCCAGAAACACAGUUUGCCCCUGCUACAAGCCCAUAUGCUCAGUAUCAGUAUUCAUCUCCUGCCCUGCCAACUCAAGCACCAACUCAGUUCACACAGCAAUCACAUUACCAGCAACAGCAGCCUUUGUAUCACCAGCAGGUUUCACCCUAUCAGACCCAGACAGCUUUCCAAACAGGAGCUACCAUGUCCUUUACUGCGCAGGCUCAACCUCCACCAUCUCAACAGCCAUCAUACCAACUCCCAUCACAGAUGAUGGUGAUACAGCCAAAGCCAAGACAAACCACAUUGUAUUUGGAGCCUAAGAUAACAACAAACUAUGAUGUAAUUCGCAAUCAGCCUCUCAUGAUAGCACCAGUCUCAACUGACAAUAGUUAUGCAGUUUCCCAGCUGGGCAGUAAAUACUCCACCUUGGACUUAAGGAUAGGACUAGAUGAGAGAAGCAGCAUAGCAAGCAGCCCUAUAUCCAGCAUAUCUGCAGAUUCAUUCUAUGCAGAUAUAGACCACCACCAUACACCCCGAAAUUAUGUGCUGAUUGAUGACAUAGGGGAACUUACUAAAGGAACAGGAGCGCUUGGUUCCAGUUUUAGCCUCCAUGAGAAAGAUCUGACCAAAACAGAUCGACUGCUUCGCACAACAGAGGCCAGGAGAGCACAAGAAGUGUCAGACUUCCUAGCACCACUGCAGACUUCCUCUAGGUUACAUUCCUAUGUUAAAGCUGAUGAAGACCCAAUGGAAGACCCUUAUGAGCUCAAACUUCUGAAACACCAGAUAAAGCAAGAGUUCCGUAGAGGUGCAGAGAGUCUUGAUCAUCUGGCUGGCCUGUCCCAGUAUUACCAUGGAGAGGGCAGCUACAGGCAUUUCCCAAAAUCUGAGAAAUAUAGCAUAGGUAGGCUUACUCUUGAGAAACAGGCUGCUAAGCAGCUUCCAGCAGCCCUCCUUUACCAGAAGCAGUCAAAACACAAGAAAGCUUUGAUAGACCCCAAACUAACAAAGUUUUCACCUAUCCAAGAAAGCAGAGACCUUGAGCCUGACUAUUCAAGCUAUAUGACUUCUAGCACUUCAACACUUGGGGGAAUUACUACUAGGGCAAGGCUUCUUCAGGAUGAUAUCACUUAUGGCCUUAGGAAAAACAUCAGUGACCAACAGAAAUACAUGGGGCCACCACUGACGUCAUCCAUUGGAGCAGGCCUUGGGACUGCACUAGGUCCAACAAUGAGAUCCACACUACAAGAUGAAGCAGACAAGUCUUAUAGCAGUGGUAGUAGAUCUAGGCCCUCAUCGAGACCCUCCUCAGUGUAUGGGCUCGAUUUGUCAUUGAAAAGGGAUUCUUCCAGUUCUUCUUUAAGACUGAAAGCCCAAGAAGCUGAACCCUUAGAUGUUUCCUUUAGCCAUGCAGCACCUUCUGGAAGAACUAAACCCACCAGUCUACCUAUUAGCCAAAGCAGGGGAAGGAUCCCAAUAGUAGCGCAGAACUCAGAGGAGGAGAGCCCACUAAGUCCUGUUGGGCAGCCAAUGGGGAUGGCAAGAGCAGCAGCUGGACCCUUGCCACCAAUAUCUGCAGAUACCAGGGACCAGUUUGGAUCGAGCCAUUCAUUACCUGAGGUGCAGCAGCAUAUGAGGGAGGAGUCACGGACUCGAGGCUAUGAUCGAGAUAUAGCCUUCAUCAUGGAUGACUUCCAGCAUGCCAUGUCAGACAGUGAAGCCUAUCACCUCCGUCGUGAAGAAACAGAUUGGUUUGACAAGCCCAGGGAGUCUCGUUUGGAGAAUGGACACAUCCUGGACAGAAGGCUACCAGAGAAGUUGUCCCACUCUCGACCACCCAGUCAACACCAAGAUCAAGUAAGCUGUCAAAUAAAUGGGAAGCCCCUGCAGUACAUUUUCCCUCAUGCAAGGCUCAAACUACUGAGAGACCCAAAGGAUCACACAGUUUCAGGCAAUGGACUGGGAAUCCGAGUCGUAGGUGGGAAAGAAAUUCCAGGGAGCAGUGGGGAAAUUGGAGCUUACAUUGCCAAGAUCUUGCCUGGGGGCAAUGCAGAGCAGACUGGGAAGCUAAUGGAAGGUAAGAUAAAUGCUUUCAAUGAAUUAUUCAUCUCUUCAUCUCUGUUUCAAGUUUUCUCUUUCUUUUGA